GGAGAAAAAAAGAAAGUGUUUGUCGUCACUUCCGUCCUGAACCUCGAGACCGCUUCCGGAAGAAGCAGUCUACCUGUUGGAAGGAAAACAGACUUCUUCUCUUCCAGUGGGCAGAUUUAAACUGGAUGUCUUCAUCUUGACGCUCUCCAUCUAUGUUGGAGCCAGCUUCUCUCACCCCCAUUAUCUAGGAAAAAAGGGGUAGAACACAUUUUUCCUCCACCUGGCAAUUUCUGGUAAGGCUCACACUGUCAACCCAAACUCCCCAUCUGAUUUUGAUCUGACCACAGUUUGAGCUACAAGAUGGUUAUCCCCUUGUCCUAGAGCUCUAAACCCACUGGAGACCCCUGCAUUGCGAUCUUCUCAUAAGGAAGGACUGUCCGGAGCACUUGUGGGUAAUCUGCACCUUAGUGGCACAGCGGACUAAAGUACUGUUAAAGUAGCACUUAGCUGCCAGGUGCCUGCAAUUACUGCAAGUUCAAAUCUCACCAGGCUCAAGGUUGACUCAGUCUUCCAUCCUUCCGAGAUCAUUGUGAAAGCACAUGAAUGGCGGACACUUCCUGGUUGCCUCUGUGAUUUCCAUCCAGAACAGCAGCUUUGUGUAUCCAUCAUGUCACAGUUGCUUUUCCAAAGUAUCCCUGCGAUUCAAACGAUACAAUUGCCAGAAGUGUGCUUGUUCGGGCGACACCAAAGAAGCAAACUACAGAUACCGACUUUCGCUGGAGGUAGCCGACACCCGUGAAGUUUUUGAGGUCACAGUAUUUGGAAGCUGCUUAGAUACCUAUUUUGGAGUUACAGCAAAAGGCCUGCAAAGGUACAUCGAAGAACUGAACCGCGAAGCAGGAGAGGACGAAAAUGAUGCCGUGUUUGGUGCCGUAUUUCAUGCUGUUGAAACUUGCUUUGUUGGGAAGAAGUUUGUCUUCAGGAUUAAGAGUUCCAACUUGCCCUACGUUGUCCCUUCUGACCAGCCCUUAUUGCAAAAUGGCCCCCCAAGGGAGAGAAGCACCAAAGCUCUCAUCGCCUGUGAAAUGUCCCUACCCCACCCUGGGCUUGUGGGCUACACCGUUAUCCACUAUAUUGAGCAGCAGCGAAGUUGUCCGUUUAAGCAGAGUCAUGGGGCUUUACGGCCUCUGGAUCACGUCCUGGCAUCUGAUCACCCAAGCAGAGAAUUAAAGAGCCUCCAUCUCUCUGACGAUUUGGAUGCGACUCAGUCAAAUCUCAAAAAUGUUUUUUUAACCCUCUGGCCUUACUCAUUUGGGCUUACUUGGUCAUCUACCUCAUCAGAAGACGCAGAACAUUCUGCAGCUUUAGAUACACGCCAGGCCAGCUUGGAGAAGCAAAAAGACGAAGAUGGAUUUAUUAUAUCACACAACCAAUUGGCGUACAAUUUCAGGGGCCCAAACUCGAAGCGAGAUAAGAGAGAUGUACAUGAAGGUAAGAAGUCUUGUUUGUAUUCUUCUCCACAAAGUCUCACCACUAGGGACGGACUGGGAAGUAGACUUUCCGCAAAAGGAAAAGAUGGUGAUAUAUUAGAAGGCCCCUUACCAUCGGAGCAGAAAGAUUCUUCAUGCAUAAUUAACAUCCAAUCCAGCUAUGGGCUAGUAAAUCCACAGCACCCUUUGCCCCACCAGAGACCUAAGGAGCACCUUGCUUCCUCCUCUUCUCCUGAUGCCACAGGAGGUGUAACCGCUCAAGAAGCCUCCUCCGAAGGCUUGAUUGAAUUUCUUGCCAGACUUGACAACGGCAACUCCACUGCCGAUCUCCCGAACGGUCAAGAGCAGCAUCCUGCCUCGGUUCUUGGCGAAAAUAAAGAGAACGAGCUGCUCGCAGAAGAAGAAUACUGUGCUUGGAGAGGAAGGGACAUCUAUUGUUUCCCACAGGUGGGUUCCAGUUGCCGCGAGGCUAAUUUUGAUGCUUCAGCAGAUCUCUUUGAUAUUAGUGCCGGGGGAUCGACGAAAAGCACUCCAGCAACGUUACGCGGGCCCCAGAUAGUUACGUCUCGGGCUGGCAUGCUGACCCCAAACUGUAUAAUAUCAGAAUUCAUGCCAAGGCAAGGUAAGGGAAAUGCUAGCUGGGCUACUUCUCAUUUGGGGUUAUCGUUAUGUGAUACAAUGGAUGUCUCAGUCCCCAAAACAAGUACUCCGAUUGCUGGCUCAGAGAUCACAUCUGAAUGCAGCCCUGUAGGGAUCCUGGACUUCACUUCUACUCCCCGCUCCAUUCCCUUCGCAAGGCCUUGUCAUCCAGAGUGUCUCACUGCAGGGAAAGGAUCCUUUCUAAGCCAACUCCCCCUGAAUAAAUUGCCUUGGGACAAGGCCAGGUGUAAAAGGUCUAGGCUCCCCUCUAAAAACUUUUUAGUGAAACAGCUCGUCAGCAAAUUCUCGCCGUCCGCAAGGUCAAGCAAUGCAGAAGCUGGCACGGACAGCCCAUGUGGACCUCCGAGUCGCCUCUCGGUCCAAGAGUCACUGUCUGAAGAUGGUGGCCAAGAAUGGAGUCCUCCUUUGAGGAACAUCCAAGAUCAGGAUGUAAAAUCGUGGAGAAGAAAGAGGUCAAAAAGCUUCAUCAGGUUUCACAGUGAUGGACGAGUUAUGGAGGAUUUUCCUCUUUCUGAAAACCAAGGAGGAUCCUCGAGUCCAAAAAAUCUUUCCAAAUUAGCAAAGCUCAGAUUUCUUCCUAAAAAGCAGCAACCAGAAGAAGCUGACGUUGAAGGCCAACCUGUACGUCAACAGAGAACAAUGCUUGGUCCGCCAGUCACCGAAUCGCCUGACAAACCACCUUUGGUAGACUUCAGCAGAUCAAAGCUACUGCCCGCACCUUCUCCUGUGCCUCAUGUUGCAGACUGGUCUUCUGAACUCUUCUCCGAUCAUGACCAGCUGCUCAACGCAGAGGCCACCCUAUCACUGCCAACCUCUUGAAGACACCUUUCAUUUUGAAAUAACGUCUUUUCGGUCACAGUUGUAUUUGGAGUGCAGUUUCAAUAGUUGUAAAUUUGGGGCUGGGACAGCAAAAGCUGGGAUGGUUUUUUUUUUAAAUUAUACUAUAUAUAUAGCAAGGUUUGUUCAUAUUCCGUCGGAUCAUUUUAAGGAAUGGAUUAUGUCUAAUAGAGCAUUGAGGGACUCUUUCCUAGAAAAUUAAAAUUGAAUGAAUUUGUCGUC